AUGAGCCGUGCAUUAGCUUUUAGUAAAAAUUACUUAAGCAAGAAAUUUAACAUCAAAUAGUCAAACGAACUUUAUAGGUAACUACUUUAAAAAAAUCAAUUAUUCUAAGCUGAUUAAUUACAAAAAAUCUCAACUGAUGAUUUAAUACAUUAUAUCAUUUUUUUUGGAACGCAUCCUGAACGUAGAAAUUAAGGAGAAAAAGCCAAGAAAAUAACUUUGGAAUGUCUUAAACAAUAUAAGAAAAAGAUGAUUAAAAAUAGCUAUGAAAUAAACUCAUAAAUACUUUUAUCUCUAAGCAAUGUUUUAUUGUAUGAUGAGUAAAUGGUUCAAGAAAUUAUUCAAUAAGUAGAUAAUGAAAAAGAAACACUUUCAGUUAAGGAUAUGAUUAAAUUUUAGCAUUGUCUUUACAAACUAAAUAUCCAUAAUGAAAAACUUAGUAAUUAUGUCCUUCAAAAAUUUCUCAAACAAAAAGAAUAAGUGGAUUAUUUGGAAUAUAUUCAUGAUCUACAUAUUAGAUCAAAUCUAUUUAGAUUAGGUUUAUUAGAUGAAUAAAUCAUGUUAACUUUGGUGUAAGGAUUUUAGACUAAAUUAAAUUCAACUUAAAAUUUUCAUUAUACAUCAAAAUCCUGUUUCUAAUAUUGUUAACUUAUGUAUAAUUUAUAUCCUGAAAUAAUUGACAAAUAAUUUUUGGACUUGAAACCAAGUGAUUAAAAUAUUUUCGCUCCGUACUUUCAAGAUAUGGUGAAGGACUAUUUUAUUAGUAAAUAGCUUGUUGAUCGCAAAAAGUUUUAUUAAUCUUUUGAAUAUUAUUUAAAUUGUUAAAAUUUGAAUAUAUUAAAAGUCAAAGAAGAUGCUAUUUAUAGAACUUUAACUUAAUUAGAAUAAAAUGUUUAAGAUUUGCUUAAUAAUUUAAAAUAUUAAAAUGAAAGAGCAUGCCGUGUUUUAAUUUAUGAUGUUGAUUACUUGGUCAAUGAUAAAAUAAUUUUAACCUGCAAUGAUCCAGUCCAUUUUAUUGAAGAUUUUGAUGGAAAGAUUUUAACAAUUAAUCCAAAUCAUAUAAUGUAGAGCAGGUAUUCAUUUAUUAAUAAGUAGAGGCAUUUGAAUGGUACUAAAAAAUACAAGGUUUAUGAUGUAAAUUAUCAUGAAUGGAUAGAUUUGACAGAAUAACAAAAGAUUGAUAAAUUAAAAUCUUUAAUAGAAUGAUAUAUGAAUAUUUAAAAC